GUUGGUAGUUUAUUGGUGUUGGUGGGUUUUUGUCCUUUCAAACUCUAACUCUAUCUUCUUCUAUCCAAUCUUCUUCUUUCUCACAAAAAUUAAAAUUAAAAUAAAAACGAAAACUUGAAAGUGCAAGAGAGAGAAUGACAACACAAUUUUUUUCUUGGGGGAUCUACGAUUUGAAGUUCCAUUGAUUUCUUUUCCAUUCCUGUUCCUGCAUUCUCCCGCGGAAAUGUUUUUCCCUUCAAAUUUCGUUAUUUGAUUGCAAUUCAGUGAUGAGUAUCUGGCAUCCUGAUGUUUCUGGUUAAUUGAUGAGUUACAUAUGUUCAUGCUAUGGUGUUGAAGAGAAGGCUUGAUUAUGGGUUCAGGGGCUUUCAAGUCCCCACUAUACCUAGACAUCCUAGAUCUGCAAGAAGGAGGGUUGCUUUCAAAAAACCAUUUGAGGAUGGCCAAGCUUGUGCUUUUGAUCUACUGGCAUCUUUAGCUGGCAAGUUGUUGCAGGAGGGUGAAAGUUCUGCUUCCAGCAAUGCAUCUGAAGGAAAUCAUCAACCUGCCUUUAGCCAAUGUAUGGAGCAUGAAAAGCACAAUGAAGUAAAACUAUCAACAGAAGAGGGUAACCAUAAUGGAUGUUGUGCAGAGAGUAUUUUUAUGACAGAAGUGGGCUCACAAAAUUGUAGUGAGAAACCUCUUGAGUGUGUUGAGGCUGAUAGUGUGUCAGAAUGUGUUUCAGCUAAAAAUAGUUCAGACUGUUGGGAAGAAGUUGAAGCUGAAGCUGGUAUGAAGUCUGAAAUUUUAAAGUGGAAGAAUAAGUUUGGACAUUAUUCUAAUGGAUUAGUAGAAGUACCUGAAGAUCAGGAAGCUGGCAGUUCAGACUUCAAGCAAUUAUAUAUGAACAAUAAAGUUAUUUUGAAGGAUCCAUUGGAGUUGUGUAUUAACUCUCCUGCACUAGUUGACUCAAACAGUGACAUUAAAUCUCCAUUUUGUACAGAACUGUUUCCCAAUGCUUCCUUUUCUGGGCAUGGGACUGAUAUAAAGUUAGGUUUUACAGAUGAUGACGAAAACUUUACAAGGUGCAACAAAGUUUGCACCAAGUCAAAAGCUUUUAGACCUCCACAAUGCAUUGCUCAUCGCAUAAUUAGGAAACGGUUGACUACCAAACCCUGGAAGGUUGCACCAAAGUUGAAGGACUGCGAACAUUCUAGUUUUGAAUUUGCAGAUGAGCGAGUAAAAACUCUGAAUCGUAAGAGGAAGACUUGUUACAGUUUUGAAAGAUCUCAGCAUUACACGCAUUUCAGGAGAAGGAAAUUUUUUGACAGGGGUUCAGUGAUAACUUCUGAUGGAGGACUCAGCAGUGAGAGUGUAUCUGAUUUACCUGAGAAAGGAACUGAUGGAAAUAACCCUAGCUCAUCUGGAAAACCUCAAGUACCUAAGGAUUCUCAUGGACUUGAUGUUCUGUCCUUAUGUACAGUGAAGUUUAGCAUCAAGUCAUUCAGGAUACCAGCACUUUAUGUUGAGGUUCCUGAAACUGCAACUGUUAGCUCAUUAAAGAGGGCAGUCAUGGAUGCAGUGAAGACUAUACUUGGAGGUGGAGUGCAUGUUGGUGUUCUUGUUAAGGGGAAAAAAAUUAGAGAUGACAACAGAACUCUUCUGCAGACUGGCGUAUCUUGUAAAGAAAAUCUGGAUAAACUCGGUUUCAUGUUGGAGCCUAGUUCCUUUCAAGCUCCUGCUGUUUGUGUUGGUGAUGCUUCUAAAUGUGAAACAUCUCAGCCUUCAAGGUCCCCAGAAACUCCUGUCUUUGAUUCAGGGGUUGCCAAUGCCUUACAGGAUUCCUCCUUGCUGACAAAUACUGCCAACCUCAUUGAAAUUAACCAUGAGUCCACUUUUCCCACCACUGACGCCAUAGGUGAUAAAUUAACACCAGAUUCCAGAGCGCUAGUUGUUGUUUCAGAUAGGAGUCCAGAAGCAUUAGCUGUGGUUCCUGUGAAUCAGAAAACCAGGCGUUCUGAGCUUGUACAGCGUCGAAUUAGGAGACCAUUCUCUGUGGCUGAAGUAGAAGCACUUGUUCAGGCAGUUGAGGAACUCGGAACUGGAAGGUGGCGUGAUGUAAAGUUACAAGCUUUUGAAAGUGCAGACCAUAGGACUUAUGUUGACUUGAAGGAUAAAUGGAAAACAUUGGUGCACACUGCAAAAAUCUCUCCUCAACAAAGGAGAGGAGAGCCAGUUCCCCAAGGGCUAUUGAACAGAGUUUUAGCUGCACAUGCUUACUGGUCUCACCACCAAGCCAACCAGCAUGGCAAGCAUCAAGCUGAAAGACAGUGUUGAUGGUAUCCAACAACCACUUGUGAAUUGUGAUGACAUGGUGUAGAAAAAAGUUAACAUUGUUGACUUGCAAUUGUUGAAAACAAACUUGUACAUAUUGAAUCAAUUCCGUGUAAUAUAUCCUCACCAAAUUCAUUGCUGGCCUUUAAUUAAUUGCAAUCAGGUUGGCUUUUGUAAAUGAUCUGAAGGAAUAAGAUUUUUCUGACUGGAAUUUAGCUGCUUUCUUUGUUUCUUUUAAUUUAAUUUCAUGAAUGUAAGUAGGAAUGUCAAAAGAACAUGACAGCACAACAAUGGAAAAUGUUUUCCUUGUAAUUAUAUCUUAUUCUGUUUCUGUUAAUGCAGCGACUGCCUGGGUUCCACUUUGAUGU